AACAAUGUCUCUGAUCAAAGGGAAAGAUAAUGGUUUUCAUUUUACAUAGAUAAUUGCCUUCAGAAUCAUCCAAAGUUACACUUGAAUCCUCCAGGAAACAUUCACAAGUGGCUAAUAAUAUAUUACACAAUCCAUUUACUUUAUUCCAGAAACUGCAACUGAUAAUGGAGUCUGCGGUCAUAUUUUGUUCGGAACAUACAGUUUUUUAAAAACCUGAAUGAGGAGUCUGGAGAGCUCGGGGCUCGGGUGGGGAGCACUCGGCUUCCGCUUGCCGAACUCACUUUCGGUUUCCCGGGAUGGCCCACACUAUGGAACCACUGGCAAAGAAGAUCUUUAAAGGAGUUUUAGUAGCUGAACUUAUGGGCGUUUUCAGAGCAUAUUUUUUGUUUACUAAGAUGAACACAAGCCAAGAGUUCAGGCAUACAAUGAACAAGAAAUUCCCUUUCAUCUUAGAAGUUUAUUACAAAUCCAUCGAACAAUCUGGAAUGUACUGGGAUCAGAGAACAAGAUCAAGAAAAAUGGCUGAAUAGCAAAAAUUAGGACCAGUCAUCACGCUCGGCCUCCCAUCUAAGCUGUUUGAGACCUGUGGGAGGAGAAAGAGGUGCCUUUCACACUGCAGACGCUUGGUGGCCCCACAGCACAUCCUCCGGAGUACCAGGGACUUCUGCUCUGCCCUGGCUUGAGUUUCUCAUCCACAGUGCAAGUCA